AUGGUUUAUGCAGUCAAUGACAGUAAAGGAAGAUACCAACUGUGGAAAGAUCUUGUGCAAUUAUCAAAAGGUACGAAUUUCCCUUGGAUCGUUGGAGGGGACUUUAAUUCGGUAUUGAGUACUCAGGAAAGGCUUCAAUACCGGGAUAAUGCCAAUGAGAUGAUUCCAUUUCAGAAUAGUGUAGUAGAUUGUGAUUUAGAAGAUAUCAAAUUCAAUGGAAACUUCUUCACUUGGAAUAAUAAACAAGAAGGCAAAGAUCGGGUUUAUGAAAAAUUGGACAGAUUUUUAGCAAAUCAUAAGUGGAUGGACAAAUAUACUACAGCUGAGGUCACUUUCUUCCCUGAAGGUGAGUUUGAUCAUUCUCCUGGCCUCCUUUCUAUUUACCCGAAUAUGCAAAAUAGUAAAAAGCCUUCUAGGUACUUUAAUUUUUGGAAGAACUUGGAAGGUUUUAUUGAUACUGUGAAUAAGAAUUGGAAGGUGAGGACAAUUAGUAAUCCUAUGUUUUGUCUUGUUUCUCACCUGAAGAAGCUCAAAUCUUGUUUAAAAGUGUUGAAUAGACAAGGCAAGAGAAAUGUUGAGAUUCAAGAACAUGAAAGCUAUCAACAUAUGAUAAAGAUUCAACAAAGCUUGCAGCAAAACCCUGGAAAUGCAGAGUUAAUUGAGGCUGAAAUUAGGCCUCGACACUUUUAUGUAGAGUCUCACAGAAAUUAUAUUAGUUACCUUAGUAAAAAAGCCAAGGUAGCUUGGAUAAAAAGUGGAGAUGAUAAUACAAAAGUUUUUCAUGCAAGUCUUAAAAGAAGAAGGCAGCAGAAUACAAUUUACUCCAUCAAAGAUUAG